AUGUCCUCCCGAGAGGAAGAGGCAGUUGCCUUGAAGAAUGAAGGAAACAAAGCUUUCGCUGCUCAUGACUGGCUCGGAGCUAUCGAUUUAUACACCAAGGCCAUCGAACUUGACGACCAAAAGCCAACAUACUUUUCAAACAGAGCUCAGGCAAACAUCAAAUCCGAGGCUUAUGGAUACGCAAUAGCUGAUGCUACAAAAGCCAUUGAACUCGAUCCGAAUUUUGUAAAGGCAUACUAUCGUCGAGCCGUUGCAUAUACUGCAAUCCUAAAACCAAAAGAAGCUCUCAAAGACUUCAAGGCGGUUGUCCGGAAGGCACCAAAUGACAAGGACGCGAAGCUCAAGUUGGCAGAAUGUGAGAAGAUAGUGAAAAAAAUCGAGUUCUUCCGAGCCAUCGAAGUUGGAGAUCCACCAUCUGCGGCGGAGGGCCUUAACCUCGAUGAUAUGGUUGUAAAGGAUUAUGAUGGUGUAGAGCUGGGCAACGAAAUGACAACCGAAUUCAUCAAUGAUAUGCUUGAACGUUUCAAGAAUGGCAAGAAAAUACACCAGAAAUAUGUUUAUCAAAUUGUCAUGGCAGUCAAAAAGAUUGUCUAUGAUGAACCGACAAUGGUGGAGAUGGAGAUCGACAGCGACGCACAGUUGACCGUUUGUGGAGAUACACAUGGUCAAUUUUUCGAUCUUAUGGAACUCUUCAGACUCAACGGUCUACCCGCAGAGAAGCAUUAUUACUUAUUCAACGGUGAUUUCGUUGAUCGAGGUUCUUGGUCAUGUGAAAUUGCACUGCUGUUGUAUGCAUACAAAUGGUUACGUCCAUCAGCAUUUUUUAUCAAUAGAGGAAAUCAUGAGACCGAUGACAUGAACCGUGUUUACGGAUUUGAGGGCGAGUGCAAGGCAAAAUACAAUGAACGUACUUUCAAGCUAUUCUCCGAAAGUUUUUCGGCUCUGCCUUUAGCAACUCUCAUCGGCAAGAAAUAUCUUGUCCUUCACGGAGGAUUGUUCUCGGAUGAUAAGAUCACGUUAGACGACAUUCGAGCUUUGAACAGACAUAAUCAACGCCAACCGGGUCAGGCAGGAUUGAUGAUGGAAAUGUUAUGGACCGAUCCACAAAAGGAGCCGGGUCGUGGCCCAAGUAAACGUGGUGUCGGUAUGCAAUUCGGACCAGAUAUCACUAGAAGGUUUUGCGAAAACAAUGGAUUGGAGGCUAUCAUCCGUAGUCAUGAGGUCCGAAUGGAAGGUUAUGAAGAGGAACACGAUGGAAAAUGCAUUACUGUCUUCUCUGCACCGAGAUAUUGCGAUAGUACAGAAAACAAGGGAGCUUAUAUCAAUAUCGGACCUGAUUAUAAGUUGGACUUCCACAAGUUUGAUGCAGUGCCACAUCCUAAUAUCAAGCCUAUGGCCUACGCACAAAAUUCUCCUUUAUCGAUGAUGUAG